AUGCUGGGCGGGGCGGCGGGGGGCGCCCGCUCCCGCCCGCCCACUGACCUGCAAGGUGUCACGAGGUUUCCGUUGUAUUCCUUGUUUCCCAAUCAAGGCGGCAGGUCUACACAAAUUCAUAAAGUAACGGAGAGUUUGUUCUCUACUUCGUUGUCAACGUUCGGCGUGCCCACACCGCCGCCCAACUCUCCAUAUUCUCCGCUGCAGCUAGAGUUACUCAAUUGCGCGCAGAGAGUGCUCGUCACUGAUAAGGAUAUUAAUAAGAUGGAUGAAAGUAAGAUAGGUAAGUGCUUAUCCGAGUCCAUGUGCUGUCCAGACCAGAGGUUACUUGACGGCGUUAACGUGAUGCAGCCUCUAACUAUCAAGACCGAACAGGCGAAGCGGACUUGUAACACUUGUCUCACUAAUUCGCCUAAAAAGGUCAUACACACAGACGGUGGGUGCAGUCGCACUAACCCUGUGACCUGGCUCGGAGUCGCGGGCCAGAAUCUAGUGCAAGUGAAGCGUGAGCCACAGCAUAUGCACGUGUCUGAGCUAGUAGCAGUCAAACUGGAGCAAGCAUCGCCGGGGAACAAGCCAGAGCAACCGCCUAUACCCUCGUCCUUAAAUAAUGGCUCCAUUCCCGUCGGGAUCGCGGUCGCUAGGCAAAGAGUGGGCGACGCUGGCAUCUACGCAGCACUUUCACAGAAGGAUAAUCAACGAUUACACGAUAUUGACACGGCGCAGGCGGCCAUGACGGUGGGCGUGGCUAACGUGCUGUGCGACGAUCGCCCCGCCCCUCUGGCGUGGCCCACCCCCGCGCCGCCCGCCGCGCCCCUCUGGCAGUACCCAGCUCAAGUAUCAAUGGAGAGUAUGAUGGUGGGAGGCGUGGGAUCAGUCGGCGUCGGUUCCAUGGGAAGUGGGGUUUCCUCGGGAUACCAAGUGGUACGCGAGCCGUCAUCAGGAACAAUCCUAUUGCUGCCUACACCAGAGUUACCACAUGCACUCGUCUGGGGAGGAGUUCCGUAUCCCUCGGCUCCCCUCCUCCUACCUCCCGCCCCACAUCCUUCUCAUCAUCUCCAACUUCUACCAGGAGACCUUCUGGCGUCUACCGCCACGUUACAACACACUCAUACUCAUUCCACCAGACUCGUUACUCUUGCUCCAGCGCCUCCUCAACCUCAUCCUCAACACACAGUUGACAAAAGGAAACCAAUUAUCCAGCCCAUUAUCCCACCAAUAAUCCCACCACAUACCCUCAUCAAAAUAGAACCUGGGCAGCAAGAAAAGCCCCCAACGUUUGCCCCGGAACCAGUACAACAGCCGAUAUUGACUACACAUUUGUAUUAUCAGCCUGACUUUUCCGAACAAGCGUGUCGAAGUCAGGCCACAUCGCCUGCAGCACCUCCUACACCGCCUCCCGAGGCCCCUGAAGUCCCGGCACAUAAAGAUGCUUCAAAUCAAACUGAUCACAUUGAGGAUGAAGAUGAAUCCCCAAAUCAUGCAGAUGAGGAUGAACGGGAUGUAGCAUGUGUCGGUGUCGCACAUUCGCCGGAAGAUCAAAAUGUAAUGCAAAUGCAAACGUUACAAACGUCUUCGAUAGAUAGUGCUGAAGAGUCCUCUUCAGAAAGUCUUGCAGCAUCAUCACUUGCGGUAGAAAAAGCGAUUGAUGCGAUCGAAAGGGAUGAAACUAUAGACAAUUCUAGUGGAGGCUCUCAUGAGCUGGUCAUAGACACAACACGAUCGUCCACUCCGCCUCAGGCGAUCCCGCAACCACAGACAAGGCCACUGGACUGCAGCGGAUUAGAAUUAUUAUCAAAUUUAAGUAUUGAGUUUGAACGAACUACUCCGGGAAAUAAUAUGCCUAACUUAGAACCUUCGCCUUUAACAAUUGACACAAGAACUGCAACAAAAUUAAGCAUAAUGAAAACCUCACCUAAAUCUCCACCACGUAAUGAUGUGGAUCCGAUGAAUGACCAAGGACAGUCUAUUGACCGACUUAGUUUAUUAUGUGCUUUAGCCGAACAAAGGAUUAGGGAAGAAGUAAAAGAAGUCCCACCAGUAAAUUUGCCGUCAACAUCUCGACCAUAUAUCAAAACCGAACCACUUCUUAGUCCCACUGAAAUAGAAAGAGAUGUUUCUGAACCGAAAAAAGAAAGACAAAAUAGGGAAGAUUCAUCUAAUGAAAGAAGAAGAAAGAGAAGUCGUGACAGAGAAGAACGAUUACGACAUAAAUUAGAAAAAAUGAGACGACACAAACGUGAAAGGAAAGACGAUGAAGAGGAAGAAGGAGGUGAAUUAGAAGCAAGCUUACGUCGCGUAACGGCGUGCUCUUGUGGUUUGACAAAUUGCUCACAUUCCUCUGGCGUGACUUCAGCGCACGAUCUUGUUAAUGCAAUAGAAAAAGACAUGCGAGAGCGUUUACAAGAUUUACAAAGACAGUGUGAUGAAAAGAGAGCACAGUUAAAUGCCUUAACACCACCUUUACCAGCUUUAUCGACACCAUCAACUCCAUGCACUCCCGCUCUCUCACCAGACUCAGACAGGGGAUCGUCCAAAAAACGUAAAGUUGGGCGACCAAGAAAAGUUUCAAGUCCGGACUCUACUGAGACUAUUGUUGCAAAAAAACCUAAAUCCAAGAGCAGUCUUGUUGGCUACUUGCUAGCAAAGGGCAAAUUGAAAGGAAAUAUUUUGUACUCAAAAGGUGAACAAUCGCGAGAAGAUAUUAACAGGACAAGUAAAGUUCGACCUAAACUGAAAGCAGAACCAAUUGUCAAGAUGUAUUCUGAAGAAGAAGAACAAGAAUGGGGCCUUAAUAGAUCAGCUAGUUCUUCAAUGGAAAGUCUUAAUGAGGUUCGUCAGAAAAAUAGGGAGAAAGUGGACCGGCUAGCGAGAAAACAUUCAAGAGAUGACCUCUCAGAAAUAGAGUUGGCUAUUCGACGAGCGAGUGCGUCCAGUGAUAGCGAUAAAGAACGACGUCGUGCGAAAAAGAGACGAAAGAGCACGAAAUCAAAAGAAAGAAAAGAUGAAGAAGUGAAAGACACGCAGACAGAGAGUGCACCUCAACCUCAAGUUAUUUCAAAAUGUACAUUAACAGAGGAUAAAUUAGAUUUAUCACCGCGAGUGCUCACAGCUAGGGGUGGUUUGUUCUACGCGGGGAAGUUAAGUGCAGUCCAAGCGCCAGAUGUAUACGCUAUAACAUUGGAUGGCGAGAGGGGAAACAAGCCUCAUAUACUAUCGAGAGAGGAAACUUUAAAAGAUGCAAUACUCGAAGUAAGUCCAACAUCGGUAUCAGAGUUACCUUCUGGCACGCGAGUAUGCGCGUACUGGUCUCAACAGUAUCGGUGUUUAUAUCCUGGAACUGUGGCUGUGUCUUCACCAGACCCUCAUGAUGAUAAGUUUGUUGCUGUCGAAUUCGAUGAUGGGGACUCUGGGAGGAUAGCCAUCGAGGAUAUCAGGUUCUUGGAGCCGAACUACCCAGUUGUUGAAUACGAAAACACAUUGUUCACGCUCGGAAAAAGACGGCGGAACACGAGUAUGACAGAAGAUAAAAAGACAGCCGCGUCCACCAGCAAUGAAAUAAAACCCGACACACAACCGACAGACACACAGACUCAAAACGAAGAAGAAGACAGACAUAGAGACAGAAAGAAACUUAAAAAGCUCAGAAAAGAGAAGUUAAGACGCUUAACAAGCGAAGAUGAUCCGUCAUCUAUGGAAUAUGUGAAGAAGAAGAAAAAGAAGCACAAGUGUUGUGAAGAACAUUGUAAACACAGAAGACAUCACAAAAAACAUCACAGAAAACACAAAAAACGACACCACUCAAGCUGCAAAGAACAUUCUUCAUCAUCUGGUGACGAUCACAGACAAAAGUCAUCAUCAGAUUAUAUCGAUUCAAACAAAUCUAAUGAAGACUCAGUCGAUUCAAACGACAGGUUAUCAACGUUGAUAGCUGUUGAGAAAUCGCCAGAAGAAAAGAUGAAGACUGUUAUUAAAAAGGCAGUGUUGUCUAAGAAGAGUUUGGUUAAGAACGCGGUACUAGAUUUCAGCAAUAUAGGCAAGAUUGCUUUAAAGAAAGAUUCAGAAACUAAAGACAAUUUGAAAGAUAGUGGCAUAGGAUUGGAGGAAGACGCUCCGUCCACUUCUACUACUGCUACUGCUGUGGAGUUAUCUAAGAAGAAAACAAAGAAACGCACAGUGUCGUCGACGUCGUCGGACGGCGGCGGCGGCGGCGCCGGCGUCAGCAAGAUGGCGGCGUUCCUGCCGGGCGGCGCGCUGUGGCACUGGCGCGGGCCCGCCUACCGCCGCACGGCGCGCCCGCGGCAUCGCAAGCUGUUCUACAGGGCCAUACAGCGGGGCGAGGAGGUGUUGAACGUGGGUGAAGCUGCAGUAUUCCUAUCGACGGGUCGCGCAGACAGACCUUACAUCGGUCGUAUCGCAGCCCUCUGGGAGGCGCGCGGGGCGAUGGCAGUGCGAGUGCACUGGUUCUACCACCCCGAAGAGACUGUUGGUUGCGAGGCUUUGGAGUAUCCUGGCGGUCUCUUCGAAUCUCCCCACACGGACGAGAACGACGUGCAAACAAUAUCGCAUAAAUGCGAAGUGUUACCACUGGCACAAUACAAGGAACGUAUGGGCGACGACCCCGUCAAGUACAGCACUGUGUACGAUAACAACGACGUGUACUACCUUGCGGGACACUACGACCCGACGCAGCAAACGCUGAGAAUGGAACCCGAUAUACCCGUAGUGAAAACCGCC